AUGGAAGCUUUUCAAGAGGCUAGAUAUGGACUUGGUUUACAGCUUGAGUUUAUUUGGAGGCAAAUCAGAGAGCCAUUGAUCGUACCAAUACUGAGAGUUUCAGUGUUUCUGUGUCUAGCCAUGUCAUUGAUGAUGUUGGUUGAGAGAGUUUACAUGGGAAUUGUGAUUUGUUUUGUGAAGCUGUUUGGUAGAAAACCAGAGAAGCGUUAUAAAUGUGAGUCUUUUAAAGAUGAUGUUGAGUUGGGAAACUCUAGUUAUCCAAUGGUUCUUGUUCAAGUUCCAAUGUAUAAUGAAAGAGAGGUUUAUCAGUUAUCAAUUGGUGCUGCAUGUGGACUCUCUUGGCCUUCUGAUAGAAUCAUCAUACAAAUUCUUGAUGAUUCAACUGACCCAACUAUCAAGGAGUUAGUACAGUUGGAAUGCCGUAAAUGGCGAAGCAAAGGAGUAAACAUAAAGUACGAAGUUAGAGACAAUAGAAAUGGUUACAAAGCUGGUGCUCUCAAAGAAGGAAUGAAACAUAGCUAUGUCAAACAAUGUGAUUAUGUUGCAAUCUUUGAUGCUGAUUUUCAACCACAACCUGAUUUUCUUUGGCGAACUAUUCCUUUCCUUGUUAAUAAUUCUGAUAUUGCUCUUGUUCAAGCUCGCUGGAAGUUUGUGAAUGCUGAUGAAUGUUUGAUGACAAGGAUGCAAGAGAUGUCACUUGAUUAUCAUUUUACUGUGGAACAAGAAGUGGGAUCUUGCACUUAUGCCUUCUUUGGCUUCAAUGGGACUGCGGGUGUAUGGAGAAUUUCGGCGUUGAAUGAAGCUGGCGGGUGGAAAGAUAGGACCACAGUGGAAGAUAUGGACCUAGCUGUACGUGCAAGUCUCAAAGGAUGGAAAUUCGUAUACCUCGCUAAUUUACAGGUUAAAAACGAAUUGCCGAGUACUUUAAAGGCCUAUAGAUACCAGCAGCAUCGAUGGUCAUGUGGACCGGCCAAUCUUUUCAGGAAAAUGGUUAUGGAGAUUGUCACAAACAAGAAAGUGUCAUUGUGGAAGAAGAUAUAUGUUGUUUACAGUUUUUUCUUCGUUCGGAAGAUUGUGGCGCACAUAAACACAUUUGUGUUCUAUUGUAUUGUGUUACCUGCAACUGUUAUGGUGCCUGAAGUUGUUGUCCCUAAAUGGGGGGCCGUGUAUAUCCCUUCCAUCAUCACCCUUCUAAAUGCUGUUGGAACUCCAAGGUCACUCCAUUUACUUGUCUUUUGGAUUCUCUUUGAGAAUACCAUGUCUCUACAUCGAACAAAGGCAACAAUUAUCGGUCUACUAGAGGCUAGUAGAGUGAACGAAUGGAUUGUCACUGAAAAACUUGGAGAUGCUCACAAGGGUAAAAGUGGUGGUAAAGGACUCAAAAAAUUCCGAUUUAGGAUCGGAGACAGGAUUCACAUGUUAGAACUUCUUGUUGGAUUCUACCUCAUAUUCUGCGGCUGCUAUGAUGUUAUGUAUGGGAAAAAUCACUUCUUCAUAUUCCUAUACAUCCAAGCCAUUGCUUUCUUCAUUAUGGCAUUUGGAUAUGUUGGCACUUUUGUUCCCAACUCAUAG